AAAGAGAAAAAAAAAAAAGAAAAAAACAAAAAAUCUUUCACUUUCAUUUUCAUUUCUGUCGUGAAUCGCAGCACGACUUUUGUCGACAACGACACUAACAUCUACUGUAUGUACUUACAUAUAUAACGUAGAUAUGUACGCGAUGAAAACUAAAAUCACAUACGCUUAAGCAAAAAAUGCUCGACAACGCUAUGGGUAUUUUGUGUUGAGUAAUCGUCAGUUGAUAUUUAUAUAUGCGUAUAUAUAUAUACAUAUACAUAUAUAUAAAAAGCAUUUACAUGCCCAUCUACAUAUAUACCAGUAUUAUUACUUGUGCUUAAAUUUUACAAAAACAAAAAAACAAAAAAAAACGUUUUAAAGAUUUCUUAAAGAUUUCCGUAACGCGUACAAGUAUUAACGAAUCUUUAACGAUGCGUUUCACUGCGUUUACUUUAGUUUUCGCGUCAGUAUUCAUUAUCGUUUUGAAUCUUACAUCAGCUGCCGGGAAUACAAGCUAUGACGAGGGCAAUGAUCAGCCUCGUCACUUGACUAACGAUCAAUCAUCUUUUUCCCAGUUAUAUAAACGGUUAUCCUUUUCAUCAAGUACGAACAAUGCUGGCGCGUUAAAAAUACCUGGACGCCCGACAAAUCAUACAAAAGUACAAACGAGUUCUAAUGCCGAUGUGAGUAGUAAAGAAGACUAUGUAUCGUCGGAGUAUUACGAUGACGAUAGCGAAGAGGAAAAUACUACAGCGAGUAGCAGCGAGAGUAGCGACAGCAGCAAUAGUAAUGAAUCCUCUCCGCGAUUGCUAUCUCAAUCGACUAUUAAUCGAAUUUCGGAGACUUUGGGUGCUUUAAAUACAGUUGGGCAUUUACUUGUCGAUAUAACAAGAGGCGGACAUGAGUCAAAAACUGAGAUUCCCAAUACUACGUCUACUACGUUGUCUACCACAUCGGCAACUGAAUUCAAAAAUGAAAUUACAAUGACAACGACAAUAACACCUCAACCAAUAUCUCAAAAUAUUUCGCUUGAAAGUAGUAAUAUAGCGAAUAAUCAAAUCGCUACGAAACGUGUUGGGGAAGAGAAGCCAAUGCAGAGCCCAAUUUCCAUAGAGAAUAAAGAAGUUAAGAAGAAGAAAAAGAAAAAGAACAAAAACAAAAACAAAGUGAAAAAACCUGCUGGAGAAUUGCAAACGAAUAAUUCAAUAACGAUUGAUAAAAUUCCCACUACAUUGCGACCUUUCAUUACAACAACAAGUACAACUGCUUUACCUAAUCCAUCCUUAACCAAUCAACUACCAUUGGUGAACAAUGAAUCUGCUCCGAAAGAUGUAGAUAAUCGUUGUAGAACACCAAGUGGUCGACCAGGACGUUGCGAAGAUUUAAGCAGUUGCCCCGCCUUACUAUUGAAUCUCAGCAGUUUACGAGAAUCUCUCUGCUUUAAAAGUCUAUUUGUACCGGGCGUAUGCUGUCCUAUACCGGAACCAUCUACCGUUUUAACAACUCAGCGUCCGUUAAAAUUAACCACCAAGCGGCCCCCAACAACAGCUACCACGAAAAAACCUCAAACACGCCCUUCAUCUUCGCCUAGUCUGGUAUUGAUACCACAUAUAAACCCUACAACUAGCACAACGUUAAGUCCAUUAGAUUCGAAUGGAGGCGAAAACAUAAUCGAUCCCGAAGAUUGUGGCCAGCAAGAGUAUUCAGCGGGACGCGUUGUAGGGGGCAUGGAGGCGCCUAAUGGACAAUGGCCUUGGAUGGCGGCAAUUUUUCUACAUGGUUCUAAGCGUACCGAGUUUUGGUGCGGAGGUUCUCUAAUUGGAUCGAAGUACAUUUUAACAGCCGCACAUUGCACCAGAGAUUCACGCCAGAAACCAUUCGCGGCGAGACAAUUCACUGUACGAUUAGGUGAUAUUGAUUUAUCUACGGACGCUGAACCCUCAGCGCCGGUAACAUUUGCCGUUAAAGAAGUUCGAGCCCAUGAAAGAUUUUCGCGCAUUGGAUUUUAUAAUGAUAUUGCGAUCUUAGUACUGGAUAAACCUGUGAGGAAAUCAAAAUAUAUUAUACCUGUAUGCUUGCCGAAGAAUGGUCGUGUUCCGCCCAACGAACGUUUACCGGGUCGUAGAGCAACUGUAGUGGGUUGGGGUACAACUUAUUACGGUGGUAAGGAGUCAACAAGUCAGCGCCAGGCGGAGUUACCCAUAUGGCGCAACGAUGAUUGCGAUCGUUCGUAUUUUCAACCUAUUAAUGAAAACUUCAUUUGUGCCGGUUAUUCGGAUGGCGGUGUUGAUGCCUGCCAGGGAGAUUCUGGUGGUCCACUUAUGAUGCGUUACGAUUAUCGUUGGAUACAAUUGGGUGUCGUUUCGUUUGGUAACAAAUGUGGUGAGCCUGGUUACCCAGGUGUUUAUACUCGGCUAACUCAAUACUUAGAUUGGAUACGUGAUCAUACAAAGGAUUAAUUGCGAAAAGUUUCCCUCAAUGUCCCGUUAUUAUUUUUAUAAUUAACUAGUCUCUCCACAUUGCGUACAUUUUAUUAUUUUCAUUUAUUAAAUAAUCCGCGCUUUCAAUUUACUCGACCAUAUUUAUAUUUACAAUAUUUCAAAACUUUUUUUUUUACUGCUGAUGAAAAAAUGAUAUGAGAAAAUACACUAAUUAAUUAUAAAUAAAUAUUAUUUUUGUUGGUAAAAUCAUGAGGCCAGGUGAACGUGGACAACUAUUGAACUUAAUGGUACUAAGGUAAUAAAAAAAAUUUUUACCCGAAAAUCUUUUGAAGCAGGUAAUGCAAAGCGCUUUAGUGGGAAAUAUUUUUCAGCAUUUCUUGUAUACGAUGCUAUCUCAUUUAUGGUUUUUUUUUUCUUCAUCUAUAAAUACAUAUACGUACAUCAUAACGGAUGUGCACUUAAAACAAAUAAGAAUACUAUACUAGUACUUCACCGAAUAGGAGUCUUUCAAUUAUUAUUUUCGUAACAAUAUGCUAAAAGUGUAUGUGUUAUUUUUAUGUACACGCAAAAUUCGCAUGAAAGCCCCCCUUCGCAUUAGGGGACACUCAAGACGUUAGCUAACGUCUUGCAAAGUUAGCUUAGUUUACUUGUCAAAGAUAU